GGAGUUCAGGGUCCCCUUUUUCAUGAUGCACUAAAUCUUUUUAAUGGGUUCUGGCGGUUCAAUUCAGCAACCAGACCCUUUUAUCGAGCCAUGCUGUUGUUUCAUCAUCUUUAGUGGCAGACACAACGAAUGGAUGAAAAAAAACGAUUGAGACAAACUAGCCUUGCUGUUUGAAUACAUGUAGAAUGUGGUUUGGAGGAAAAUCAAAGUCAGUUAUGGAUCAGGUUUAUACGAGGUACAAUUUUAACUUACAUUUACUUAUGCAGUGACAAACUACGGUCACAGAUAAUGGUUUCUGGAGUGAUUCAAAGUUAUGUGUGGUGAUUUUAAUACAGAUGUGGCCUGAGGGUCUAAAGAUCAUGACCAAUAAUUAAGUACUGUUUUUCAGCUUUGUCCUCAGGUUCUCUGAAAAUAGGUCCUGUUUCUGAUCUACUUGGUUGGAUGGAUGUUCCUUCUCCCUAGGCUGUCAUUAUAUUUACAAUGAUCAUAUAUAUUUAUAUUCAUAUGGGAUUCACUGACUAUGAGACAAACUGUUUCUUGAUCACUCUUGUAGUGUCCUUGUAUUACACGUCGUGGCUAAAACUGCUGUUUUAUUCAUGUAAAAGAAAGACACUUAUUUCAGCACAUCUGUCAGAUCGUAGAUAGAUAACUGACCCUCCUGGACCUGCCGUGAGACAUGAUCUCAGCGAUGCCUUUGGCCGCGUCGUUCUUCUCGGCCACACAGAGGACCCUCCUGAUCUGAGCCCGGCUCCGGUUCAUCAUGUCUGCCGGCUGCUGCUGCUGCUCUGUGUCCGGACAAACACACAGAAACCUCCGCUGGACGCCGAGCCGCUGUAGUCCCGAACGAAGCAAAGAUCUCCCAAGAAGGUACACUAGCAUACCUGGCUGCUCUCACCUGAAACAGCCAGUCCUCCAGGCUCUCCACUCUGUUAGCAUGUUAGCUGAGCUGCUCUGCUUAAGAUACAGUCCACUCUCCAAAGGGAUAACAAGAGUUUAAAAUGUUUACCGGGUGACACUUUCCCUCAGAUCAAUUAUAUUGCAAAGCUGACAAGAAAAAACGACAACUCUUGAAAAUACUGCUAGUAAAACUAAAACCUUCAGUGGGCAGCGACAAUGACUUCCAACUGCAGGACAACGAGCUCUGUUUACAAUUUCCCCGCCCGCUGGCUGUCAAAUUCUGCCGUAAAAUGAGGUCGUAAAAUUGGCGUAAAGUUUCUUCAACUACCUAAACGUCGCAUUAAAAUGAAAAUGAAAAUAAUUUACAUUCAGAAAGUGCAUCGAACUUACUUCUGAUGAAAUUUAUAGUUAGUGCCUUAAUAUAAUUAAAAUAUUGCACCAUCGUGUCACCAAAACUACGUAAUAUAAGAAAGAAAAUACAUCUUAAUAACGAAAUUUAGCAUAUGAUGGAAUUAUUCAGAUUAACAGAGAAACAGAAAUAAAUAAUUUCUUUUUAGGCACAAAAUUAUGAGACAUUUUAUUACUGUAGUUAUAUAUUAUUGUGACCACUUCAUCACUUUUCAGAAAUGAAAAAUAAGACACUUGCAGAAAUUAUGUGAAAUAUUAAAUGUGAGUUGUUUUUCCUUUCAUAGAAAAUUUGUUAAAAACAUUAAGAAUUAUAUACUGUUAACCCGAAUUAUAAUGGAAUUUGACUAAUUCACUAGCAAAAAAAUUGGCUCUUAUCAUCACCAAUAAUCAUCAAAUAGUUCAGAAGGAAAAAAGGAUAGUCUGUAGUCAUAUUAAUAAUUCUGUAAAUUGAAAGACUUUUCAGAAGUAAGUUUUUUUGUCCAGUUCAGUACAAAUUUCAUUGUGAGCUAAUACUGUAGACCAGAACUGAGUGUAACAUUUUUCACAUUUUCCUUCAUUCGUCGCAUAUGAUAUAAUUUUUUAAAUAUAUAUAUAAGACAGAUACUUGCAGUAUUUAGUUAAGCUAUUGAUACAUUUAUGACAAAUAAGGACAUGGUAAAUAGUCAUAGUGUUUAAACUUCCCCUGUCAUUGAGACAAUUGAAGCAGCAUUUGUGUGGAACUGUAACAGUGAAGAAAUAAGUUCACAACGUCAUGAAAUCACAUAGAAGCAAUAUCCAGUUCAUUAAAAAAAAAGAUAAAACGAAACAGAGUUUUUUUAAAAAAUCUGUUUUUAAAUCCAACUUGCAAGUAUAACUUUUGAUAGAGGAGGAAAAAUGGAAAAAUAAUUGACCAAAGUUCACUUUCACAUCUCCAAACCACAUUCUUCUUUUAAACUUGUGCUGUGGCCAAGUAAUUCCACUACUGCUGAGCAGAGAGAGAGAGAGAAAUCAACUGAGCAUGUGCAGAGUCAGAGCCAUUAAUUAUUUCUAGUUGCAGAUGUUGUGUCACAGUUGCCCCUGUGCAAUCGCCCCUGGUCUUCCGUACUAUAUCUAAAGUUAAAAAAAGGCCUAAAAUAUGAAGAGCGAUCAACAGAGGAAUAGAAAAAGAUACAUUUGAUGCGUAUACCUUUGUAGCAUUAUGUAUAAAAAAAAACAGUGACUUAUUAUUUUUUUUUUUUCAAAAACACUACAUAAAAUAAAAAACUAGCGAUAUCAGAACAAAUAUCCAGGUUCCAGUGAGAUUUCUGUAAAUACAAGAAAUAAAUACAGUUAUUUGACAAAUGUGAUAAUUCCAUUUUAGACCGCUUUUUAUUCAAGUGGGCGGAGUUUCGGUCACCUGACAAGACUACAACCAGCUGGAUAAACAUGGCGUCUGUCUCUGAAUGUAAAAAUUACCUGUAGCGCUGCUGGCUGUUAUCGGUUUUUCCCUGUCUCAUCUUUGUGUCGUAUUGGAUUCUAAAAAAAAAAACCGUAAUGGGAUGGACACGACCCAUAAAGAGAGGAAGAGGAGGAGGAGGAGAGGGUGGUUUGUGUGAGGCUGCUGUGUGUGUCUCUCUGUGUGUGCGUGUGUCUGCUCAGCAUGAAUGGUGUGAUAUCUGCCCGCAGCCUGAGGCCAGCGCAAGAUAACUGCUUUUGUUAACAGUAACGCUGGUUUGUGUAUCCCUCGCAGUGGAUACAGUCAUUUUCCAGGUAAAUAUAAAACCUUUUUACGGUUGAGUUGCAGCUGUGGGGCCUGGUCUGCUGCUGGACCCAUUUUGGAUCAUCUCUUUCUGUGGCAUGUAGAGCUUUUUAACCUCUCGAUCAAACGCUCCUCAGCAGUAUGAGCAGUCUGAAUGUUCAGUCUGAGGCUGCCCUCCAUCACUGUGUGCUGACAGCCGCUUUAUGACUGGUCAUUGUGCUACACUGAGCGGUGUGUUGCUCAUGCCUUGCUCACCAACAACAUUAUGAUAGGCUCACCAGACCUGGUGGCUUUCACUAAAGAGGAUGAGUAUGGGCAUCCAAACCCAGACCCUUGGGGAAUCCCUGAGGAGUUUUCUGUCCCCCUCCACCCCCUGGCUGACUUCAACCCCUGGGCCAAAACCUCCUACGCCAAAUUCACUAAAGACUUCAUCCUCAUCUCUGAGUUCUCAGAGCAGGUUGGUCCUCAGCCCCUCCUCACCAUACCUGAUGACCCUAAAGUCUGCGGCACCUUCGACCUCAACUACUUCUCCCUGCGCAUCAUGUCAGUGGACUACCAGGCCUCCUUUGUAGGGCAUCCUCCUGGAAGUGGCUACCCCAGGCUCAGCUUUGUGGAGGACUCAAGGGUGGUACUGGGCGACUCAAAGGAGGGGGCGUUUGCAUAUGUCCAUCACCUCACACUGUAUGACCUGGAGGCAAGGGGCUUCGUGAGGCCGUUCUGUAUGGCGUAUGUGUCAGCAGAUGAGAGGAAGAUCAUGCUGCAGUUUGAGGAGCUGUCCCUCCGUUUCUCACAGGCCUCUGAGUGUCUGAAGGCUGGAAACAGGAGAGCAUUCGCCAAGGAGCUCCAGAGGAAGCUGCGAGACCUCGAGUAAGACCCUAUUUUGAUUUAAUUCUAUCCUAGUAGUUGACAAAAUUGAAAAUACAAGAACAUCUUUAUAGAUAAUCGCUAAAAAUAUAUAGUAAAGAAAACUAGACCUGCUCUUGCAUAAUGAUGUUGAAUCAUUUUGUUAAAAUACAACUGUUCUCAACACCUAAUAUUAAUGUGGGAAAUAACAGCAACAAAAGCAAAGAUUAAAGCCUUUUCUUUUAAUAGUUUCCCCCUAAUAGUUGUUAUUCCUAUAAUGUAAAAUAUUAUUGUCUUUUACAAAGACCACAAGUUUCACUGAAUCAGACACUAAACAGUUGUCAUUCAUGUAUCAGAAUCAGAAGGGGUUUUAUUGCCAUUGUUGAUGAACAGGAUUCACAGACUUGGGAUUUGUUUUGGCAUGAUGGUGCAACAAUAAACAGAGCGUACUAUAAAACACUAGAAUAAAAACUAAUAAGAGCAUGCAAGAAAUAUAUUAAGUAUAAAAGUAUAAAAAUAUAAAAGGUUAUGUACAGUGUUAUGUACAAUAAGUAUAAAAGGUAUAAAAUGAACAGUGUGGGUCCCAAGAUUGACCCCUGUGGAACACCACAGGUAAUGUAUAAGCACCUUGACCUAUGAUGCCUUAUAGAGAUGGAGGAUACAUUGGGUAUGUUAAUGGCAUAGACAUGACAUAACUGGUGUCCAGCAUUCUUCACAAGGCUUAUGUCAGUGUUAUCUUUUCUAUCUUUAAAAUCUAUUGAAAAGAUGUUACUAGUACUGAUUUAAAAUAGAUGGGUAGAAAUUCAAAAGUUUUUGAGUAACAUGUCAUAAUCAGCCGUGUCAAAACCACAUUCCAGGCCAAUGAAAAUUCCCCCUGUAUAUUUUUUCCUGUAUGCAUGUGGUUAAAGCCUCUGCCAGCUCCACACGUGCUACAGAAGUAGAUCUAGCUGAUCUAAAGCAUACUGACGGUCCAUUAAAGGUUAAUGUUGUUUAGUUUUCCAUUAUAUAGUUUUUCUAUGCCGAAACCUUUAAGUGUCAUUUCACACACAAGAAUUUAUUCUUCCCAAAUCUGGUAUUCAAAAUCAUCUCCUGGAAUCAUUGGUGAACCAGGGACAUAAAUAUUAACUGGAAUAAUACAGAAAAAAAAGAAGUUGGUUGCACCAUAGUGAGAUAAAACACACCUAAAACUUGCUGCUGGCUCUUCAUAAACCCCCUCACAGCCUCAGCCCCUUUCCUCUGUGUAUUGUUCAUGUGCCAAACUGCAUCCAAGUCCCCAUUAAGUGGAACAGAGGACUAUACAGACCAGAUUCCCAGAGACUGACCAGAGCUCUGUUUGCCAAUUAGUUUGCAGUAAUUUCAUUCUAUAUGCUGGAUUUUUACCUAUAGAAUAAAUGCUAAAUCAGCAUUCAUUUAAAUAUUUAUAAAUAUAACAGUGAAUAUAGUUGUACCCAGGAAAGUACACAAUUUAAUCUCUUACAUGAUGAAUAUUAUUCUGAACUUCAGUAAUUUAGCUUUUAACACUAAAUCUGAACUCAGGGUCCUAGAGAAGGCAUUCAGUGACGCAGAAGCACAAUAGAAAUUGGUAUCUUUGUGCAGUUUUUAUCUAGCCUUCAGUCACAAAAUUUUAUUUUAAAAUAUCUUCAAACAUUAAACAAGUUAUCUUUGUGCUCAGCCACAAAGUUAUUUGAAAGAAAGAUUUACUGAGUUUUUUUUCUUUAAUGGAAGUUUAAUUAAUUUUGCAAACGAUGUUCAGAUUCGACAAAGUUUCCUUGUUGUUUUAACAAAAAUUGACCUCUGACUAACUGAAAAGUCUAAAUGCGAGGAGACACCCAGAGAGAGGUCAAAGUUUAGAGCAAUUUAUGUAGUGUGGACGGACACAGGAUCACAGAGCCUGCAGGUAAAAAAACGUCAAGUCACUUUGCUCUGUUUUGCUGCUGUUAGCAGAGCUAGCACCACUAGUUUUCAGUCCUUAUUGCUCUAGUUGAGUGGUAAUAUGAUGGUAUAACCAGACCCAGCCCACAUACAACCCUUCCUCAAUUUUCUUCAUCAAAAUACUGACAAACCAUGUUGAGCUACAAGGUACCAUCUGUCAUCUACAGCAGUCUACAUUAAACAGGAUGACAGCCCAGGCUAGUGAAAGGUGGCUGCAGAACAGUUAAGAUACAACAAAUAGCAGGCAUUUCAGGAAUUCAGUGAUAUAAAUAUGAAUCAUGUAUUUAACUGACUAGCAAUUCUGAUGCUAAAAAAAGUUAGAAAUUCUUUAAAAAGUAAGCCAUAUUUGGACAAGGUCUUUAUAAUCGUUUGGUCGAUACUAAAUUAAUUGUUAACAUCCUGAAUGAACACAUUAAUGAUUCAAAUCUUUUUAUGCACUCUCAAGGAGCUCUGCCCCUAAAAUUUACUAAAAUUGCUUGUUCUCACAAGUUUCUUGAAAUCACAGUGUGAAAAACAGUGAAAUGAGGAUGAAGCAGCACAAUUUGCACCAUUAUGGGAGUUUUAAUAUUUAUACCAAUGCUUUGUUUGGCAGACAGAUGAGCAACCAUCUUCACCGCUCUCGUCCAGAAAAAUGAUUCUCAUAGGGUAAUAUGGGGAUUCUUCUCAAUCGCCAAUGUUUUUUAAGCAUUAACACUGGUUGCAUGAUAUGAAUGCCACUGACUGAGUUUUACUGGACAUUUCCCACUGAUGUCACAUCAGGGAAAGGUCUGAGCAAAAGCAGGACUGAAUUUUAACCCACAUGCAACUUACUUUUGAAAUUAAGGAAAGUUUUCAGGAGUUUGUGAAUUUGUGAGAACGCAUCCAAUUUCCAUAUAAAAGACCAGCAGGCUCAAAAUGUGUUCAAAUCACUCUGAUGCAUCACACUGCUUGAGUGGCUUCAAUGCAAUCCUUUCAGGAAAUUACAAAGAAGCAAUUUAAGGCCACUUUUACUUUUGUUUUCAUCACUGACAGCCUGACAGACUGUUUUCAGAGUCUGACAGGAUGAGGGAAAUUAUCUGUCUGCUUAAAACUCCAAAACAAACUCAAGGUCAAGGGCAAGAACAAGGAAACUCUUUUCAAACUGAUCUCUCUUUUUUAAAUGGCUGUUUUCUUCCCCAGGUAUACUCACUCUGUGUUGCAGAAGGAGGAGGGUCUACAGAGGGAGGCGGGGCCUCAAACCAUGUACUCCGCCCAUGCUGUUGAGAAAGCCAAUGAACUCGCAAAUGUGGAAAAGAGUAUCUACGAACAUCGAGACCUUCUGAAACAAAUCAGCUUGUACCAUCACCGUCCACGAAGAGACCCUCACGCUGUCACCUGUCAGAAGUGUAUGAACGAAUGUCUGAGCGAGUGUGAGGAGCUGUUAGAAAAAUACGCCAAGCUCGCCAAUCCCAUCAGUUACAAUAACAAAGGGAGAAAUGUGGGGGAAGAGCGAGAUCAGGUUGAUGAUUUCGGAGGUGAGGAGGAAGUGGACGAUGAUGGCGUUAAGCGCCGGCCGUCCUACACGCCUCAGCUGAUCAAAGCCAAAUCUGCCAAGUGUUUCGACAAGCGCUUAAAGACCCUGCAAGAGCUGUGCGAUGAGACUUUCUACCAGGCCACGGUGAGGCUCCUAAAAGAGACGGAGAAGAGUUUCCGGGGAGAUUUGUGUUACCUGCACACACGGCGUCUGGACAAGAUGCUACGCAGGAAACAGCAGGUCACGAAUUUCCUGUUUGAGGAGGAACUGGGUGAGGAUGACGAGAACGAAUGGGGAAAUCUGAGACCAUUCUGUGCUGUGAAUCAUGUGGUAGAUAACUGCACAAUCUUGAAUCCCCCUCCCAUCGUGCUUGGACCAGAUCCUCAUGAGCUGGACUCUCUAGAGCCCCCAGAUCUUCUAGACCUGGCGUCUGAGAUAAGCCACACUCAAGAGCUCGGGGUUGUGGAGAGCCAUCUAGAGUCCUCCCCCUCAGACCAGACUCUAGAGACCCAGGAGAGCUCAGAGGAGACUAAAGGAAGCUUGAGCAGUGGUAAGAGCGGGAGGAGUCAGACCACCAGGCAGCAGAAUCAGACGCCUGAUCCUGAUUCUGACCUGACCCCCGACCGUGACCAUAACACUGACCUGGAGAGGGAGAGCAGCAGCGAGGAGAUGGAGACCACUGCUGGAGAGGAGGAGGGUGACAGCGGGGGAGACCAGACUCCUGUGUCUCUCCUGGAGGUGGUGCCUGAGCUAGCGGGCGACAGAGACUCAGACUGUGAGGGAGCAACUGAUGGGGCUUGUGAGCUUCAGUCGGAUCUGUUGGUUCCUCUCGACACAGCGUGCUGUAUGUCUCAAGAGGGCUUCCUUUACGAGGCAUCUCCUCCAGAGGCAGUGUCCCAUCUUGACCACAGCUCCAACCCACAGUCCUGUGACACCCUAGUGGUCAAUCAGGAACCUCAGGCUCUUCUUCCACUCCAGGAUGACUAUGCUGUAGGUUCCCCAUGCUCAGAGAGCCCAACAGCUGGACUGGAGCUGCCUGUUGGAUCCCUUGGAGAUACAAUAUCCCGUACUUCGAUAGAAGAGGGCUCGGAUUGUACCAUGAGUGUUUCUACGGGCUCUGAGCGUGCCGCCUCACCUCUCGGCUAUGGGAGAGGGGUGACCCUGCGUCAGAGGAAGAAGGCAGGACAAGGAGCGUUGAGGUUCGUGCGACAAUACCCCUUCGCCAUGCAGGCUCUGUGGUGUCUGCUGAGCGGGAGGACCUUGGUGGUGCUUGGGUCGGAUGAGGGGAGAGUCCGGCGUCUGGUUGCAGCUCUGGCUCUUUUUGUGCCCGGUCCUGGGAAGUGUGGGGAGAGGGUUCAAGCCUGGCUGUCCUGCCCCUUCACCUUGACUGACCUGCAGAGGUGGAAACUCGUCGGGCUGCAGAGGUAUGUCAAACCUUAUAUACCAACACACACACAUGAAUGAUGCUGCUGGUAGAGAAUGACUGAACCACAGCGAGUUUCCAUUCACAUGAAAUUAAAAAAAAGAAGUACACUCCACUCUGCAGUUUGUUUCACACACCUUACUCUGCUGUUACUCAUCUGGUCUGAGUCAUUUCUCAAUGAAUCACUGCUACUCUGCUGUUAGACCUUCAGAUGCAUUUGCCCUUUAGCUCUAAUUUAAUUCUAUUCAUUUGUGACUUUUCCUACCUGAGAGUGGGCUGUGUAAAUUCCCCUGCUAUUAUGGUGUCCGACUUUUUUUCCAUUUGUAUUAUAAGUCUAAAGGGAAGCCAACCAUUCACCCUUUGGUCUCUGCACUUCCUAAAUUGAAUGUUGAGUUGAUAGAGAUAUGAAAUGGAGGAAGAACUUUGUCACAUUUGUGGUUUGAUUUACUGAGAUUGUACACCACAAGUAGAGGUGUAGCAAUUAUCAGUCUUGGUCAAUUAUUGGGGCUGAUAUUCGACAUUUUGCCAAUUAUCUGUAACUGCCUUUCGUUUUGCAGAUGGUCGAUAAAUUGAUUAAUUAAAAAGUGUUUGUCUUUGACUCUGCUGCAAGUGUGUCUUGCCCACAACUCUGUCUGAUUGAUUAGACGUCACACGACCAUGUCAUGUAACUGCACUGCAACUGUGGGUGGUUGACGUUUUAGUUUUGAUUAAAUAUCGUCGACAUUGUCCGUUGUCAAAGAUCAAAUAUCUAAGACACAAGCGAGACCCAAUUUCCAACUGUGCGCGUGCUUACAGAAGUCUGCUGUAUCUGCAGUCAUGCCUUUGUUUUUACACGCUUCAACUUAAGGUCUAUCAGGCCCGUACUUCCAUUUGAAAGGUGCUAGAAUUUGACUUUUAAACUGAUGUUUUUUUUCUUUUUCAUUUUUCUUUUUAUACCCUUACCUCAGCUUGACCAUGGCAUGAAUCUUUGAAAAAAAGCAUCAACUUUGACUAGGAUUAAAGAAGAAGAUCUUUUAAUUCAAACUGGUUUCAGAGCCAUCAAACACGUGUUAUAUGUCUUUAUUUCUGUGGAGCUGCUUGAUUAUGGAAAAACUCAGAAUCACAUUAAUUUUGGUCAAUAUUGAGGUCAUGGUUAUUUAACAUGGACACAUUUUUAGUAGGAUAGGGGCUAAUGUUUCGUCUGACUGUUUUUAACUCAUUAAUGCUGCUUGUUGCUCCACCCUCUCCCUCAUGCUCAUGCUGUCCCUCUGCUUUACUGACACACACCUGCUCCUUUAGCAGCUAGGUCUCUGAUGUGCACAUCUAUUGGAUCAGGUGAUCUUAAUUAGUACUGAUAUUUUGGACUAAAAUAUCCUAAUUAUCUGCUUUUUCUGCAGAGUGGCGUCUCCCGUGGGUUCCAGCAUGCUGUAUUCGCUGUCCCGCUAUAGCCGCUACAUCUCCAUCCUGGACGCCGACCAGAAGACCUUACGCUGUCCGCCAUAUUGUGGUCAACUCCUCGCCAACAUAGCCACCCACCGUACCUACAUCCGCCGGGGCUCCACCUACUUCCUUCACUUGCAGAGUACGCUUUGCCGCCUGGCAGCUAAGGCCUUCCUGUUUACCUUCACUCACCACCUCCACCUGCCUGUCAGCUCCACAGAGGGGCCCGAGGUGGUGGAGGGCCGCCGCCGCUGCUUCCUGCAAGAGCAGCUGGGGCUUGGCGAGGAGGACAGCCUGAUACUGCUCUACCUCAGCCAGCUCAUUACACAGCAUUACCUUCAGCCCGCCACCGGGGGCGGCGCAGCAGCAUCGUAUUUUAAUUUUGACUACACCACCAGCGUUUUAUACAAGAUCUGAUAUUAAACACACAUUCAGGCGUCUUUGGACCUUUUGAUUUUUAGCAGACAAGAUGAGACAUUUCUAAAGUCUGAGGUCUCAUGAAAGUUUCAGAACAAAAUCUGAACUUUUUUUCUUUUUUAAUCUUGGUUACUCCUCUGCCUUGCUGUCUUCUUCUCUGGUCUUUUUUUUCCUGUUGUGUGCAGGAAAAAGGAGACAGAGUGGGUUGUGAAUGUUUGAGUGGUUUACUUAAAAACUCACUGAACAAAACAAACACAGGUGAGCUCUGCUUAUUGCCAUUUGAGCAUUUGUGCUUUUUUCUCCUUUAUGACAAAGAUGUUAUUCCAUGACAGGCUCACCCCUCCUCAGCUCACACAAACACACAAUCCAACAUGGCCGUCUGUGUCCUCAGCGCUUGACCAUGUUGACUCUGUUAGAUCACAGUUAUAUCUGUGACUCAGCUAUGAUAUAAUCUUAGCUGUAUGUAAACAUGUUUUUCAGAUUUUGCUGUCACAUACGUGGACAUUUUCUGCCUGUGAGGAUCAGACGUCUCUUUGAAUCUGUGCGUGAAACCUCAUUAGAAGGGCACAGGCGUGUUACAGCUGGUUUUCUGACAUGCCUCUCUCUCUUUUUCUUUCUUUGUUCUGCAUAAGCUCCGAAUGCCCAAACAUUUCCGAAGCAUCUUUUUUUAUACAUCCUUUAUUGCUUUGCUCACAGAAAUCUUUGUGUUUCCUCUUUCUUGGAUGAAUCAUACAGUACAUUCCCGCAGCUACGAUUUAUUUUCUCAACACUUAGACACUGAGUUGAGGAGAUUUGACCUUUCAGAGUAAAAUGUGGACAUUCCCAGAGGCUGAUUCAGGUUGUGAUGCAUGAGGCAGUGUAUUAGGAUGAUGCAUGUCCAGUUAAUAAUGUCACACACCCACCCGUACGACCAGCAGCCACAGAAAUCAGUCACACGUUACCUGCUGAGAGCGUUCAAAGGAUCUUAGCACACAGGAGCAUUUGAAGCUAUUUAACCUUAAUGUAUUGAGUAUCACUGUUGUCUUACAGUAAUGUGAGAGUGUUGUGCUGUCAGCAUGAGACCGUCCUGUACCGGGUGAAUCACCGUGUUGAGUAUCUUUCUGUUUCCAUUUGGAUGCACUGAUGCUGAAGAGUUUGUGGAGUUAUGGAUGAGGCUGUGAUGUUGUGUUUGUGUAGAUUUUAUUAUGGAUAAAAGAUGAACUUCCUGUGCCAUUGAGGCAAAAUGCUCAAGACUUCUCUCCUGAUUUUGAACAUUUAUUUAUGUCCAACUUUUAAUGUGAACCAUGAACAAAGUUCUGUUUUUUGUAUUUAUUGCUUUGUUUCAUAAUCGGGAUCAUGAUCAUUAUUCUGUGAUUCUCUUUCAGGGAGGUGCGAAAUUUUUCAACAGAGUGGUCGGGCCGGGUUAAAGGAAAAAAACUGGACUGAAUAAAGUUGGUAAGAGGAGAGUGGUUCAUGUCUAGCUUAAACGUAGAGCAUCUAGUGAAACUGUACUCCAUCGUAGGUUUUGCAUAGAGCCUGAAUUCUGGACAGUUUGUGCUGAAAUCAUGGGUGAAGCAGUUUAAGCGUGCACCCCAUUUAAGCAGGUUACACUCAAUAACUCAGCUUCUUUCAGUCCCUGCUCUCUCCGCUGUCUUAUCCUCUAAAUUAAAGGGCCCUAAAACUAAAAUCUAAUCAAAGAGAAAGAUUGUGCAGUAAGAUGAACGUAUUAUAAUUAAGAGCUGUCUGAAAGACAACAUUUUUCCAAUAAGAUAUUGAUCUAUUUUCAUAACAUAAUGAGUUGUUUCUUAUAGGAUAAAGAUUCAUGCCUCUAACAUUGCAACAUAGUUCUGUUACAGCCUUAUUUUCAAAGUAGAGUGCAUAAAGCUCAAUCUCAUAGGACAAAAGAAGAAACUACCUUAUUUUCUUACAUCUUGUGUUAAUUUAUUUUUUUAACAUUUCUACUUUAAUUUUGAUAGGACAUCUGAGAGACAGGAAAUGUAGGAAGGGAGAGGGAUGAGGUACAGUGUAGUCGAGGCUUGUAGUUGGACAAGUUAAACUAUCACUAUUUUUCUUAUAUUGUCACUAAGGACGUGACUUCUGCUUAUUAAAACUAUGACCUGACCAUUUUUUUUUUAUCAUGACUUUCUUCUUCUAAUAAUAUGACUUUAUUCUCUAGAUCUCAGAUUUAAAUUUCUUACAGUGGCCCUGAUACUCUGUUGUAAAAUUUGAAACAUCUGGAAAUGUUGACAUUUUGAGUUGUGUUUUCCUAAAUUGACACUGGGAGUGUAUUUUAAGUGUUUUUAAUCUGAAUUGAAUUGAAUUUAUUCUCAUUGCACAUGUCACACGUACAGAGCAACGAAAUUGCAUUAAUGCUGAGAUGGCAUCAGUGAUGCUUUGAUUCUGUAUCUUGGAUGAUAACUAUUUGUGACUGCAUGGUCAGACUUUUAUUGUGAAAGGUGAAAAAAUGUUGGAUCACAGCUGCUGUUCUUCCUGUUACUAAUAAGAAAAGUUUUUAUUUUGAAGGUUAUAACUACAGCAACCUGACUUCUGAAUCCACGUGUAUCAACUGAAUUUAAAUUUUUGCAGUUUGCUCUUUUAUUUCUCACCAUGUGCUUUUUUUAUUUUUAACUUUUUUCAAUAUCACAAAAAGUGUGAUUUUUUGGUAUUCUCCCCCCAAAGCUGAAAGAUGAAUGUGAAUCCAAAAGCCAUACCACGGUGUGCUUAACAUGUUGUCACGAAGUGUCUUUAUGUUGCCAUAUCAUGUCUGCCUUUUUGUACACCACCAUGAGGGGGCGCUGUGCUCACUCCAGCCCUAUUAGAUGGCCUUGUUGCCAAUGAUUCAAAUAAAGCACGUUGUGAAUGUCUAAACGCUUGUCUGUACUUUAGUCAUCCUAAUCCAUUGAUUUUGUUUUGUACUUGAAUCCUUUGUCAUUCAUCAUAUGCCUGAGUAAGAUAAUUUAUCUAACCAUGUCGAUAAUAUUGACUCUUCCUUUGAGGUACCGGAACAAACAGACUGAUGCAACAUGCAGAUCAGCAUUAAA